GGUUGCAGUAUUGGGUACAAGUGAGAGGAUGGAGUACAAAUGGGUAGCAAUGCUUCUGUUAGCGUUAUUAAUGUUGGGAGUUGGGUGGAGUGAGGGGUGCGUGGAAGAAGAAAGACUCGUUCUCUUGCGACUCAAACCUUUCUUCCCUUUCAUUGAUUAUAGAACUAAAGAUCUGGGGCUACAGCUAGAGUACUACAAAGUGGAGGGAAGUGUGUUUGAGAGAGUAGAGGAAAAAGAGGGUUCACCAGAUUGUUGUGAAUGGGAAAGGGUUGAGUGCAACCCAACCACUGGACGAAUCACUCAUCUUUUCCUCAAUUUUACAUACGCAGGAGCCUAUGAUGAUUACAUUUAUACAGAAUCCAACACGAAAAAGAGGGUUCUACGGUAUCUCAAUGCCUCUUUGUUUCUUCCAUUCCAGGAAUUACAGUGUCUUUCCUUGAGUGGAAAUUCCAUAACUGGUUGUGUUACCAACCAAGGUUUUGGAAGCCUGUCAUCCAAACUGGAGAUCCUCGACUUGAGAAACAAUUUAUUUAAUGAUAGCAUCUUAACAUCCAUAAGUGAACUUUCAUCGCUCAAGUCUUUGAACCUAGCAGAAAAUCUGUUUACAGGAACAAAUCCUACAGAUGAACUUAGUAAUUUGAGAAACUUGAAGGAGUUGCAUGUAGGCGAGAAUGAAAUCGAGAGCCUCGGGUCUCGAUUUCAUGGUAACUCGUCUGGCUUUAUUAAUAGCUCCUUGAGCACAGAAGGACUGUCGAGGUUGAACGAACUUGAGGUGCUUGAUUUAAGUGGUAAUCUCUUUAACAACAGCAUAUUCGCAUCCCUUGCUGGGUUCUCAAAAUUGAAAUCUUUGAAUUUAAACUACAAUAAAUUGAAGGGGUCGAUUCAUAUGAAAGAAUUCUGUAGUUUGAUCAACUUAAAGAAGUUGUUUCUAGGCGGUAAUGAGAUUGAAAGCCUGGAACCUUUAUUCCAAGAACAAUUGAGGUUGACUAAACUUGAAGAGCUUGGUUUGAAUGGUAAUUUGCUCGACAACAGCAUAUUUUCAUCCCUAAGUGCACUUCCAAAUUUGAAGUUUUUGGAUUUAGGCUAUAACCGAUUGGGAGGGCCGAUAAAUAUUAAAGAAUUAGAUGGUUUGAGCAACUUGGAGGAACUGCAUAUUGGCUGCCAUUCAGGUUGCAGCCUUCCACAACAAUUACUAAGCUCAUUCUCCUCAUUGAAGGCUCUAUCCUUGAGUGGAUUAACAACAAUGGCUUUUCGUUCUCACAAUAAUUUUUGUGAAUCCACCAAUCUCCAAGAGUUUAUCGUCUCCGGAAAUGAUCUCAGGGGUAGCUUACCGAUGUGCUUCUCCAACCUCGCGUUUCUUGAAACAUUAGAUCUCUCUCGUAAUGAAUUUUCUGGACAUAUAUCUGCCCUUCAAGGUCUAGCAUCCCUCCAAUGGUUGGACCUAUCGAACAAUGAGUUUCGAAUCCCAAGCUCAUUAGGACCCUUGUUCAACCUUUCAGAGCUCAAGUACAUCCGCGCAGAUAACAACAUCAUAUAUGCUGCUGAUGAGAUGCAUUCUCCGGCCCCAACAUUCCAAUUGGUUUACAUCAGUUUAUCUUGUUGUGGACGCGGUGGAACAUUUCCUCAAUUCCUAUAUCAUCAACAUGACUUGAGGUCUGUUACUCUCUCAGACAUAUAUUUCAAGCUGAACCAAUUCCCCUUUUGGUUGCUGGAAAACAACACGAAAUUGGAGAGUCUACAUCUCGUCAACUGCUCUCUAUCCGGACCUUUUCAACUGCCAUUCCCUCGGCAUUUAGUCUUAUCAGAUUUAGAUGUCUCCACCAAUUUCUUCAUUGGUAGGAUUCCGAUACAAAUCAGAGCUCAUCUACCUUCGUUGAAGACUUUGAAUAUGUCGAAGAAUUAUUUUAACAGUAGCAUCCCCUCUUCUUUUGGUGGUAUGAGCUCACUGCUGUCAUUGGACUUAUCCAACAACCAAUUGACUGGAGGGGUUCCUGAGCACUUGGCCGCAGGCUGCUCCUCAUUGGAAUUCCUUGCAUUAUCCAAUAACACAUUACAAGGAGCAAUUUUCUCUGGAAAUUUUAGCUUAAUGAGUCUGUCCGUACUAAAAUUAGAUGGAAAUAACUUCUCUGGAAUGAUCCCGAAUGUCUACUUUGUCAGAAUUGAUGUAAGUAGAAACCAGCUCUCUGGUAGGAUACCACAAUGGAUGGGAAAUAAUUCAAGUUUGGAACAAAUUGCCAUGGCAGAUAAUCAUCUUGAAGGUUCAAUACCAAGGGCAUUUUGCAAUCUCAAUCUCCAACUUCAGUUUUUGGACCUUUCCAUGAACAUCUCUGGGACUCUGCCAUCUUGUUUCAAGCCGUCACGUAUAAAGGAAGUUCAUUUGUUUAAGAAUAUGCUGCAAGGACCGCUCCCGAAUGCUUUUCGUGAUUGCUCUUUACUGGUGACAUUGGAUCUCAGCUAUAACCACUUUGGCGGUAACAUUCCAAAUUGGAUUGGCAACCUCUCAGAGUUGAGUUAUCUUCUAUUGAAGAGAAAUCACUUUGAGGGUGAAAUUCCAAUUCAAUUAUGCAUGUUGGCUCAUUUAAGCAUGAUUGAUCUUUCUCAAAAUAAUCUGUCUGGUAGCAUUCCUUCUUGCCUAAAAGUUACUCCGCUCGACUUCGGACCAGACGAUUAUAGUUGGAUUUCUUAUAAUUACUUUGGGUCAAAUAGCUCAAUAUCCAUGGAAGAACCAAUAGAAUACACAAUAAAGAGUAGAUCAUACACUUACAAGAAAAAACGCUUCAAUACAUGUCUGGAAUUGAUCUCUCCUGCAACAAGCUAACUGGUGAGAUUCCUAAUGUAGUUGAA